GGGGCGGUAAUGCACCUAUAAUGGUGGUUUCUAGUCUGCCAUCAAAACCAACGAAGAAGAAAUCAGUAAACCAACAGAAGAAGAAGAAAACCUGCACAGUCGCUCGUCUUUUCUCCAACAAAGAAGAUGGACACACGCUUCACUCGGGGGAAGUCAAACAUCCUGGAGCGCCCUCUGACGCGCCCGAAGACGGAGGUGAGCGUGAGCGCCUUCGCGCUGCUGUUCUCAGAGAUGGUGCAGUACUGCCAGAGCCGCGUGUACUCGGUGACGGAGCUGCAGACCCGGCUGGCCGACAUGGGGCAGAGCGUCGGGGCCAGCAUGCUGGAUGUGCUGGUGCUGAGGGAGAAGAACGGGAAGAGGGAGACCAAAGUGCUCAACAUGCUGCUCUUCAUCAAGGUGAACGUCUGGAAGUCUCUGUUUGGGAAGGAGGCGGACAAACUGGAGCAGGCCAACGACGACGACAAGACGUACUACAUCAUCGAGAAGGAGCCUCUCAUCAACGCCUACAUCUCCGUGCCCAAAGAGAACAGCAGCUUGAACUGCGCCGCCUUCACCGCCGGCAUCGUGGAGGCCGUGCUCACACACAGCGGAUUCCCCGCCAAGGUCACGGCUCACUGGCACAAGGGCACCACGCUCAUGAUCAAGUUCAACGACUCGGUCAUCACCAGGGACAAGGCUCUGGACGGCAGAUAGAGGACUGGGGAGGGUCUAGUGUUUGUUGUGGUAACUUAUGAGAUGAUGGCAGCAUACUGAGCCACGUGGUCUAGAGCAGAGAACAUGCAGCGCCGCGCUUCAACCCUCCGUGUGUUUGUGGAUCAUCUCACUCCUGUUACUCCUUAUUAAGUGACACAGAAUAGUUUUUUCUGAAAAGCAUUUUAUUUGCAGUUUCUCGUCACAUUUGUUCGUCCCAGAUCAUUCAUAAAAACAUGAAUACUUUGGACACUUUUAUCCAGGCCGGGGCGAUAUGAAGGAAGUCAAUCAUCACAAUGUUUCUGAUCAAAUACCUUUAUUGAUAUUGACACGAUGUAAGGGUUGAGUCUUACUCAAGAAUGUUUACAAAAUACGAUGACUAAGUGUGUAAAGACAAAAUAUGGAAAACAUAAUAACAAAUAUACUAGCUUCAUACUUUUGCAAUCGAUAUCCAAAUUGAAGACACAAUCUAGUCUCAUUAGACAUUAAUAUAUUAUCGACAUAUUGACCAGCCCUACUUUCACCACAUCAGUUUGUUGUUUUCUUUAGUUAUUCUCAAUGUUUUAAGCCCAACAUGUCAACUUAUUUGAAUUGAAAAAUGUCACCUUGGGCUCCGGGGAAUAGUUUUGGCCCUUUGAAACAAUGUGUACACUUUUUAUAGACAAUGAAUCAUACAAAGGAUCAACAGAUUAUUUGAUAAGGAAAGUGCUUUGCCUCAAAGUGAGACUGAACAAGAACGUCCCCCUGAAUGUCAAACUAAUCAAAGCAACCCUGGUUUGUGUUUUGUUAAUAAAUGUGACUAUCUUUAUUGCUGCGAAGUAUUUUGUGGAACAGACAAAGGUCCAGACUCCAGAUAUUUCUUUCAGUCUCAUUCCAGUUUGACUCCAGCUGCAUGUUUCAUCUCUGUCAAAUAGAUUAAUAAUCAGCGCCGUAGCUAUAAGUGACACUGAGGUCUUAUAUGCACCAUCUUUGUUUUAUCAUUAUUUCGUGUGUGUGUGUGUGUGUGUGUGUGUUACUUUGGAGGUAAUAGUAACAGAGUAAACAAUGUAAACACAAUGUACAUCUUCUGCAUUUUGACAACUUGUAUUGCUUUAAAGCAAAUUAAAUAAGUAACGUACAGAAGGUUCAGCAUUUCUCCCCCCUUUAUUUUAUUCCUGGCAGCAUUAAACAUAAUUACCACUGUUUUGACCUACAUGUUGAGUUAUUCACAGAGGACAGAAUUGAAUACAAAUUGAAAAAUCCAAGUGAUUAUUAUAAAAAAUACACCCGUUUUUGGUUAAUAAUGUUAACUACUGACCAAGUGUUAAAUAAAUAUUAAAAUGUAAA